AUGUUUUCCAGUAAAAUCAACAGUAAUUUGGUUAAGAGAGCUGCAGCAGCCCCCUUAAACAGAUUAUAUUCUCAACUUGCUCUCUCGGUCAAUGUUAACUUACCAAACGGUACUUCAUAUGAACAACCAACCGGUCUUUUCAUCAACAAUGAAUUUGUUUUACCAAAGCAAAAGAAGACAUUUGAAGUUAUUUCUCCAUCUACUGAAGAAGAAAUUACCCACGUGUACGAAGCUAGAGAAGAAGACAUUGACAUUGCAGUUGAAGCUGCACAAGCUGCUUUCAACUCCGAUUGGGCUACCGGUGAUCCAGCUGCUAGAGUCAAGGCACUUCUUAAGUUAGCUGACUUGAUCGACCAAAACGCUGAAACUUUGGCCCACAUCGAAUCCUUAGACAAUGGUAAGUCUUUACAAUGUUCCAGAGGAGAUGUUGCGUUAUCUUCGCAAUGUAUCAGAUCUGCCGCCGGUUGGGCUGACAAGAUUAACGGUUCUGUUGUUGAGACCGGUGACACUCACUUCAACUACACCAGAAGAGAACCUUUAGGUGUAUGUGGUCAGAUCAUCCCAUGGAAUUUCCCAUUAUUGAUGCUUUCUUGGAAGCUUGCCCCAGCUUUAGCCACUGGUAACACCAUUGUUCUUAAGUCCGCUGAGUCUACCCCAUUGUCUGCCUUGUACAUGGCCAACUUGAUCAAGGAAGCUGGUAUUCCUGCUGGAGUUGUCAACAUUGUUUCAGGUUUCGGUAAGAUUGCUGGUGAAGCAAUUGCUACCCAUCAAAAGAUUAAGAAGGUUGCCUUUACUGGUUCCACUGCUACUGGUCGUCAUAUCAUGAAGGCUGCUGCUGAAUCCAACUUGAAGAAGGUUACUUUAGAAUUAGGUGGUAAGUCACCAAAUAUUGUUUUCGACGAUGCCAAUGUUUCCAAGGCCGUUCAAAGUUUAGUUGCCGGUAUUUUCUACAAUACUGGUGAAGUUUGUUGUGCUGGUUCAAGAAUUUAUGUCCAAGAAGGUGUUUACGAUCAAGUCUUGAGUGAAUUUAAGGCUGCUGCUGAAGGUAUUAAGAUUGGUAACCCAUUCGAUGAGGAUGUCUUCAUGGGUGCUCAAGCUUCUUACGCUCAAUUGACCAAGAUUUUGAAGUUUAUUGAAAUCGGUAAGAACCAAGGUGCUACUCUUAUUACUGGUGGUGAAAGGGUUGACGACAAGGGAUACUUCAUUAAGCCAACUAUUUUCGGUGAUGUCACUAAGGAUAUGGAUAUUGUUAAGGAAGAAAUCUUUGGUCCAGUUGUCACCAUCUCUAAGUUUAAGACUGUUGACGAAAUCGUUGAAACUGCUAACGACUCUCCAUAUGGUUUAGCUGCAGGUGUCCACACUGAAGAUAUUAACAAGGCCAUUGACGUUGCUAACAGAAUCAAGUCUGGUACUAUCUGGGUCAACACUUACAACGAUUUCCACCAAAGUGUUCCAUUCGGAGGAUACGGAGAAUCUGGUUUCGGAAGGGAAAUGGGUCAAGAAUCUUUAGACAACUACACUCAAGUCAAGGCUGUCAGAAUUGGUCUCACCAAGAAGAACUAA